GAAGACUUGUAGAACUGUCUCUCUCUCUCUCUCUCUCUCUCUCUCUCUCCUGUUCUUCUUCUUUGGCUUCACUUUCUCUCUCUUCUGUAGUAUAUAGCCAAUUUCCUCCUCUCACUUUCUUCGUAGUCUUCAUACUCGACUUCGAGUUUUCUUGUUUUUCGUUGCUUGUUUUCGAUUCGAUCUGUUCUUAGUUUCUUGAAUUGGAGAUGAAGACUUGAUACAUCGGAAUCGCUACGGUUUGACCUCUUGAUCGAGAUUCUAUUGUCCGGCUGUGAACCUAGGUGAUGCUCAAGAUAUAAAGGGGAAUCAAAGAAGUUAUCUUACAGUGGGAACAUAAUGUUGGAGGGUGGUCAAAAAUUCACUGGAAUGAUCGAUUUGAACGAGCAUGCAUAUGAUCUAUCGCAAGGGUUUUACCAUAAACUUGGUGAGGGAACCAACAUGUCUAUUGACUCGUUUGCAAGCUUGCAAACGAGCAACGAUGGAGGGUCUGUUGCUAUGUCUUUAGAUAACAGCAGUGUGGGAUCAAAUGAAUCCCACACUCGGAUCUUAAAUCACCAAGGUCUGCGACGGCGUGCAAAUGACAACCAGACUUUUCAACAUAGUGUUAACCGUCGUGGAAGAGUUACACACCACCUGAGUGAUGAUGCACUGGCCCGAGCUUUAUUUGAUACUAAUACACCGACCCAGGGUCUUGAAAAUUUUGAGAAGUGGAUUCUUGAUUUAAGGAAGCUCAAUAUGGGGGAGGCUUUUGCUCAAGGUGCCUUUGGAAAACUGUACAGAGGUACUUAUGAUGGGGAAGAUGUUGCUAUCAAGAUCUUGGAGAGGCCUGAGAAUGACCUGGAGAAGGCCCAGUUAAUGGAGCAACAAUAUCAGCAGGAGGUGAUGAUGCUUGCUACUCUGAAGCACCCAAACAUUGUCAGGUUUAUUGGAGCAUGUCAUAAGCCAAUGGUUUGGUGCAUUGUUACUGAAUAUGCAAAGGGUGGUUCAGUUCGACAGUUCCUGAUGAAGCGACAAAGUCGCUCUGUCCCCCUGAAAUUAGCUGUCAAACAAGCUUUGGAUGUUGCCAGAGGGAUGGAAUAUGUUCAUGGCCUUGGAUUGAUUCACAGGGACUUGAAAUCAGACAAUCUUUUGAUUUUUGCAGAUAAGUCCAUCAAAGUUGCUGACUUUGGAGUGGCCCGGAUUGAAGUGCAGACUGAGGGAAUGACACCCGAGACUGGAACCUACCGCUGGAUGGCUCCGGAGAUGAUCCAACACAGGCCUUACACUCAAAAGGUGGACCUGUACAGCUUUGGCAUUGUUCUCUGGGAGCUGAUAACUGGAAUGCUUCCAUUCCAGAACAUGACUGCCGUUCAGGCCGCCUUUGCAGUUGUCAACAAGGGUGUCCGUCCAAUCAUUCCCAAUGAUUGCUUACCUGUUUUGAGCGACAUCAUGACCCGAUGCUGGGAUGCCAACCCCGAUGUUAGGCCAUCAUUUACUGAGGUUGUCAGAAUGCUUGAGAAUGCACAGAAUGAGAUCAUGACAACCGUGCGCAAGGCUCGUUUCAGGUGUUGCAUGAGGCAGCCAAUGACAACAGACUGAUAUGAAUGAAGUUACUAAAAAGAAAAAAGAAAAACCGAACACAGUGAGAACGUUGUUAAGGGGUCAAUAAGGAAAGAGACACAGGUGAAAAAGAAAAGGGAGAAGGGGAAGAGGCAGAGGCAGAGGCAGAUGCAAAUAGAAGAAGGAAGGUGAAUUGUGGGUGUGUGUUUAUGUUUGUUGUGUAUUUAAAUUUCUGUUUAUGAGACACAGAGAAAGGAAAAACUUGAAAAACAAAGGGUUAUGAUGAAUACCUUUGGUUUGGACCUUCUGGUUUUGAGUUUCCUAUUUUAUUGGAUUCCUGUUGGCAGCCUACUUAACCAUUAAAAGAGGAGAUUUGAUGUAUGUA